GAUUUCCCAAGGCUGGCCGGAGCGAGCGCGGGUCUCACCUCCAUCCCCAUGGCUUCUCAAGGCGUGGACCCGAGAGGGCUAGGAGAUGAUGAGCUGCACUGCCUCCUCAGAGAGCUCGAUGAAGUGAUCGAAGACUUUGAUAAUGGCAGCAGCUGUCAGUAUGAGGAGCAUCUGGAGGAGCUCAAGCAGAAGAGCGGCCUUGGCCUUGGUGUCUAUGACAGUGGGAUCGACGAGGCCGAGAGUACCAACCCAUCUCCAGGGAGCAGCUUAAACGCCAGUGAGGAGAACAUUCACAUGCCAGCGACUUCUUCCACUCCCAAAGCUAAGCUUGGGGACACAAAGGACCUGGAGGAUUACAUCGCUGACCUCGGCAAAGAGCUGGAGGAAAUGUGAGAUGCGGCCCUUGGUCAGCUGGUAGAGGUCCUCAAGACGGAUCGCUGUAGAUGUGCCCGCCUGCAUGCACGCCCCACCACGUUUGCUCUCUUCGUGGUCUUCCUUGGAAAGCCAGAGGGUAAAAGCUCAGGGCCAGAGCAAGGGUCUUUUCCAGGGAAUGGAUGAGGCCAGUGACUGAGAACUGCCAACAUAAUCAUCCCCAGCACCCUUGCCCAGUUAUGUUACAGGCCCAUAGUGUGCUAGCUGCAUCUUUUUAUCCAGUCGUGUCAAGGCCAUGUCUGUAUGCUGGAGCCAGUCUGGCUGGUCUGCAUGAGAGAGCCCCCUCUUGUCCAGAGACUGAGUGACCCUGGCCACAUUUUCCAUCUGUGUUGCUCCUUUUUUUUGGUGAGAGAAGGAGGAAGCAGGAGUCUAGAUCUAGGAUUUCAUUGAUGCUUGGGACUCCCAAAUCUAGAAUUGCCUCCAGUCCACAAUUCACUGCAUCUUCAAGUCUCUGAAAGGUUGUGACUUGUCCAGGGUCCCACAGUUAAUAUGUGCAGAAGGCAGGAUUUGGAGCCAGGCCCUCCCUGCCCUCCAUCCCCCACACCACACUGCUAGCUUCAACUAGACCAAUAACUGGACUGACAGCUUUACAGUCCUCUUAUCAGGUCGCCUUCCCAACUGCACAUGAAGCGAUGUUUGGCCCAUAGAUCUGCUUGACCGCAGAGCCGCUCUGAGCAUCUGUCUCCUAGAGCAUUUGAAUGCUAACUUGCUGAUUGCCAGAGGGAAGAGGGAAUAUUUGUGGGUGGCUUUGCAGAAAUUCUGUGUGAGCAAGAAUCUCCCAGCUGUGAGCCCAAACCGUCUUGCCUUCUUAUCUUAAUUCUGAAAGGGUCUGUGGGGCCAUCAACAUGGGGUCUGCCUUCCAGGUUGGGCUUUCAGAGUUCCUUCCCCUGGAGCUGACCUGGUUCUGAGUGUCUCCUGAUCUUAGCCAUGCUGGCCUGUUGACACUGAGCAUCCAGUCAGGCACAGAGCCUGGGUUUGAAGGUUGGGAGAAGUUUCCAGAGCCCUCAAGAACCCAGGAGCAGCACCCUGACAGAACCAGGCAACCAAGAAGGACCCUGUAAAAUAAGGUGCCUCACUGCUGCUUAGAAAGCAAUGCCUUUCCGGGCCUUGGUAUUGCUCUGGCUACAAAGUGGGGCAGAUGAGCAUAAGAAGCGCUCCCCACCCUCACCCGCACUUUUCUUUCCUUGCCCAUGGUCUAAGACUAGCUAAGAGGCUCCUGGGGUUCUAUGAUGGGAGAGCAGGGAAGGAGUUGUGCUGGGAACUCUGACCUAACUGGGAGAAGAGGAGGGUGGCUAGGGAGUAGGGGGAGGCAGGUGCCUGCCUCCCUCCUGAGGGGGAGAUCACAGCCAUAGACACCAUCGACAACCCAUGCUGAUGGCAGGUAACAGCUUCUGCCUUGUGCACAGAUAAGCCAUGGUGAGCCUGGAUGAUCUGGACAUGGAUGAAUGGGAGUAGACCCGAUGUCCCCAAGCCGAGAGCCGGUGGUUAACAACCCUUUCCUAAAAUCAGCCUUGUAGAUGCUUCUGACUCUAUCUGUGAUCCUCUGGCACUGGUGUAAAUAUUGUAUAGUGGUGGUGAAUAUUAUGAACUCUAUGGGAAAUGAAAUAAAGGUGGUCAUGAAGAA